AUGCAGGGCAUCACUUACGUCCGCAUGCGCCGCGGCGUUGGCAGCACUUGCGCCAUGCAGGCCGCCGCCUGCGACGGCGAAGAUGUGUUCUACGACGCGGCUGAGCACCUGCCCAGCCAGGCCUCGGCUGCCGAGCAGGUGCAGCUGCAGCUCUCUCGCCUGCGGCGCAUGGCCAUCGCCACCGCCGCUGCAACCGCCGCGCACAGGGCCAACGCCAAGAAGGCGGCCAAGCAGAUGCAGCAGUACCAGCAACCUGCAGCCAAGCAGGAUCGCGACACUCGGGAUGCGCAGCAGCAGCACCAGCAGCAGCACCAGCAGCAGCAUCAGCAGCAGCACCAGCAGCAGCACCAGCAGCAGCCGUGCGACACGGCUGCGCGCGCCGCUACCGGCGUCUCAGCCGCUCCCCUGCGCUGCGCCGCCAAGGCCCCUCACAAGCCUCAGGCGCCGCCGCAGCCACUGCAGACGCGGACCUCGCCGUCAACGCACGCCGCUCGCGGCGACCAGGCCCGGGAGGCGCCAUGGUGCGAGGUGGCACGGCCCGGCGACGGCGCGGACGGCGCCGCGCUGCUGCGCGUCGAGGCGCAGCCGCAGCUGCCGCCAGCCACCGCGGGGCAGCCGGCCAGCAGGCUGAUUGAAGAGUUGGUGCGGUUCGAGCAGCUGCGUGUGCGGCGCCGCUACGGCGUGUCCAGCUGCAAGACGAAAGAGCAAGCGGCAGUUGCCGCCGCCGCUGCGGCUGCGGCCGCCUCAGCCGCGGCAGCUAGCUUUGCUGCAAAGAGCUCGGCGGCUUCGCAGAAGCCCGAGCAGCACGCUGGGAGCGUCGCGGGCAGCGGGGCGUGCAGGCAGCCGCGACUGUCCAGCCCGGCGCAGCCGUUGACGCCACAGAGGCAGCAGGUGCCACUGCAGUGGGCGCGGGACUUGAGCCACAGCGGGUCUGGUGCGCACGACAGCCUCGGCCGGCGCCUCAGCAGCUCCGACUUUACAGUUCCGUUGACUGCUGAACAGCAGCAAGCGCCGCUGCAGUGGGCGCGCGACUUAAGCGACAUCGGAUCUGGUGCGCACGACAGCCUCAGCCGGCGCCUCAGCAGCUCCGACUUUACGAUUUCAUUGACUGCUGAACAGCAGCAGGCGCCUCUGCAGUGGGCGCGCGACCUCAGCGAGGGCAGGGCUGGCGUCGUUGACGGCUUCAACAGGCGCCCCAGCAGCGGCGCCAGCAGUGUUUUUGAUGAAUGA